AGUUCACUGUGAAGUUUACCGGUUGACAGACGUAUUUCUGAUCUCUCGGCAAAUCACACAUUAUAAAAACACCCAAUUUUUACGUAGCAAGUCUCUGAACGGCAAGUGAAUGCCAUUUGGUAGCGCAGUAUAAAGCACCCGUGCACAGUAAUUCCACUCGGUUUGGUUUGAUUUUAUUUUUUUUUACCCGUUUUGGUCAAAGUGAUGUUAGCACACAGUCAAUCUUGAUGGUUUCAUCAUAUAUAUCUCGACAAGAAAGGAAGACAAAAAUAAAACACGCCACUAACUGGAAUGCACAUCAACGAUCAAUUCUCACAUUUUACGGUCAUUAUAUUUUCAAUGAAUAAUAAAUGCAGAAAAUCGUUACUUUGACAACGAUUGUCCAUCGGUGCAUGUGAUUUCGCUCGCGCGCAUACUUUUGUGUGAACAAACAGACUUCAAGAAAAGACACCACCACCGCCACCAAGUCGCUUUAUUUCGUGCUAAAACUUACUUACGCAAAUACAGAAAAUAAAAUAUCAUCAUCCGAUGUGAAAAACGGCAAUAAAAUAAACGAAAGAAAAAGAAGAAGAAGAAAACAAACGAAAUAAGUAAACAGAAAAACAUACAGUGAGAUAUAAACACUGAGUGUGCCAGUGACUAGAUAUUUCAAAGAGAGGAUGUGAGAAGUAGGAAAAAAUAAAAUAAAAUAAAAUAAAAGAAUAAACAAAACAAGACCAAGGAAAAAACAAGUGGCCGUGUGACAAAUGUUUUUUUUUUCUCGUUGUUGAACAAAAAGUACAAAAUACAGACAUUCCGAAAUUUAUAAAAAUAUCGUUCGUUUGCGUUAUUUUUUUGUUUUAUUCAAGCAAGCAAAGUGUUAAGAUUUCCGGGUAGUUCAUACAGGCACCGUUAGGUUUUAAAACUGUUCACUCACAAAAACAUGUCGAAUGUAAACAAAUUGUUGUAGCGUAUAUUGAGUUGAUUGUAUGGCAAUCGCGUAAACGGUGAUACUUUUUUUUUUUUGGUGUAUGUGUUUGUGCUGUGACUGCGGUAUUGAAAUAAGAAGAAGAAGAAAAAAAAAACUCGGAGAAAAUAAACGAAUGAAAAGCAAAACGAAGGAAGGAAGUCCUUUGUAACAAUUUCAAGCGAUUUUUCAUACUAGAUAAACACACAAGUUUGCGGUAAAAAGGCAACAAAUACAGAAGAGUGAAGAAGAAGGAAAGGAAGCAUUUUAUACAUAUAUAAAGUAAACCAAUUGUUUUUUUUUCACUCUGCCGGUCGAUAUAGAGUGGGAAAAUUGAAUUGUAAAGAAAGCAGAUAAAAUCGUUUUGUGGGCAUCAUCUUCAUCCACUUCACGCAAAUGUUUAUUGGAUGAAAUUUUUUUAAGUUUGAUUAUAUUACCAGCGGCGAAAUUGCAAUUUCAGGAGGAAAAUGUCAGCACUUCGAGUGUUUGCAACGCAGAUAACCAUACAUUGAACGUCAAACUUGAAAAAGUACGAAAUAUCGACACAAAGCAGAAGUGAUUCCGAAAACUUUAAUGAAAAUUAUGGGAAACGCUGUUUUCUAGACGAGGAGAAAAUUGUUUGAUAUUCCGGUCAAACAAAAGAAGGAAAAGAAACGAAAGAAAGCAGCAAAAGAAGGAAAAACGUGCGACACAGAAAGAAAACGUCAAAAAGUUGUGUUGGCAGCGGUUCUGAAAAGCGUACUUUAAGUGAGUCUUAAGUAUGUGCUCAGGUGGAAUACUACACUGAAGAGAAGAAAAAAAAAAACAACAUUGCAAAACAUAAGCUACUUGCAAUUUUGCAACAGUACCAUUUUUUCUCAUUCUUACUCGCUUCGCGUGCAUUCGGAAAUUAUUCUCAGGACAAGAUCGAUCUUGUUGUGUUGGUAUUUGCAUGCAUUUGGGCUUGGUUAUGUGAAUAAAAGUCAAUGUUUAAAAGUAGUUCAUUUUGGCAUGAAAAUAAGGAGGUGAGCGUUUUAGUCAAGCAAAACGAAGCAUAGCCAAAAAAAGAGACCACGACGCCAAAGGCAACCCGAACAAUCAUUGCUCCUCUUUGCAUCAAGAAUAAAAAUAGAGAGAGAAAAAAUGAGUAUGCGUUAGCUGCCAUUGAGCGAACGAUCCGAAAACAUGUAAUACAAUCUGAAAUGCAUAUUCAGCAGCAAAAGCUACAGAACGCGUGCGUAAAUGAUUACGUAUCCUCAGUGUCGCAUUGCCAGUAUCCAAUGUGGAACAGCUAAUAAUAACAAUAACAAUAACGCGCUAUUAUAACGUAGCAUAAUAACAAUAACAAUACAUCUAUAUUUCUAUUUGUGUCACAAUUCACGCGCGUACACAUUGCCGACGACGCGAUACCGAAGUGAGAGUGUCAAGCGAAAGUUAUCCGAGUGCAUAUAGGUUUCAGACGUGUGCACGAGCGCCAAAACAUAUACGUGUUGUUAUUACACAUCGAAAUAAAAUAAGCUACACAAAAAAAAAAAAAAAAUAUGAAAUAAAAAUCGAAAUGUAGACGCCGAGCGCGCGUUCAACAGAGAUACGAAUCUUGAAUCCUGAAUCAACGGAAUCUUUGAAUCUCUUCUCGUCGAGCAAAACGUAUAACAAGAAGCCGCGGAAUAUAUCCACAGUAGCAACACAUUACGCCCAGCCACAUCCAGCAAUAAUACUAUAUUAAAGUAGCAAAAAAAAUAAUAAGAGAAAAUUAUAAUUCAAAACUGAAGCAUCAUCUUUUGCGUAUGUGUGGCUAUGUGUGUGUUGCCAGUUGUGAGAGUGUGAGUGUGUGAGAGAGAUUGUAUGUGUUUGUGAGUGAUGCGCCCCAAACAAAACUGACUAUGUGUGGUGCGAAUGUUAGCUUGGUCGUACAGCAACAGUAAACGAAAUCAUUGCGUACGUUAUGUUGAACAUGGGACAAGGAUAAAAAGUCAAAACCAAGCGGUAGCAAACAAUAUCCAGCUUACUAACAUGUAUCGUGCAUGUAAACAUUUUUAAGUUUUGCAUGAAAUGCAGCAUAAAAAAGACAAAAUCGUGUAAGAAGUUCCAAAAGCACUGAGCUCAACUUAUCUCGAAAGAAACACAGAUUCAUUUCAAAAGAAUAUUACUACGAGCAUUGGAAGCAAAAAGCGGAGAAAAAGUAAACAAAACAGUGUAGAAGGAAAAUGAUAAUUUACAGUAUAGAGUUUAAAUGGGCGAAUCAGCAUACACAACAUGCAAAUUAAUCGCAACGUAUAAGAUUUGAUGUGAAUCUUUGGGUUUUUUUUUUGUCUCUUGGAAAAUGUUGCGUUUCGAGCAAAUUGCUUAUUAAAAGCGCAUUUUUCUUUGUUAUGGUAAUUUUUUAUCAUUUGAAAUUUUAUGACACUUUGUGUGUUUGUGCGCGCGAGCGUUUUAUUUGCGGAUACGGUAAUCUCAACGUUGAAUAUAGGACUAAUUCAGUUAAACCUGAUUCCGUAGAUAAUCCAUGUGUGCGAAAUACGAAAAGCAACGGAAAAAAAGGCAACAAUACCACCUAAAAAAAAUUAUAAUAGCAGCAACAAAGGGCCGCAUAUUAAGCCAAGAAUAGUAUUAAAUAACAACAAUAAUGAUAAAAUGUUGAUAAUAAUAUGAGUGAGUAAAUAGACAAAGAGUCCGAAUUAGAAACAAGAAAAGUGAAAGAAAAUUAACGUACAACACUGGAGCGUUCAGAAAAGGAGAGUGUUAUAUAGUGUGUGUUAUAUAUGUUUAUAUAUGUGUUAAAAUAAAAGCACACGCAAAAACCCGAUUUUUAUUUAAUUAGAAUAAAGUAGAAUAAAGUUAAUAAUACGGCAAACAAUUUGGAUUGUGUUUCAAAUGAAGACUUGUGCAUCGAAAAUUAGCCACCAUAAUCUGAGAUAUCAACGAUUGCAGUGCCCACCGUUGUUUUCAUUGCCACAUCAUCAUUAUCAUCAUCAUCAUCAUCAACAAAUACAGCGACAGCAGCAGCAACAUUCCAAAUCUCGUACAAUGAGCUUCAACGGUACAUUGAAGGUCUUCGUCAAUGGUGCCUGGAUUACAUGGAUUUACUUAUUUGCCAUUUUAAUUCGACUCGAAUAUGUUGAUGCCAAAAUAGGCUACUUCUGGCAUAUAACCGACCUCCAUCUGGACACAUCGUAUUCGACCAAAGGCGAUGUUGCAAAAAGUUGUUGGCAUAUUGAACAUCAUCAAACAAAUUCUGGACAUCCACCGCCUGGUCGAUUCGGUGACUAUAUGUGCGACAGCCCGUGGUCUUUACUCGAAUCAGCAACGCAAGCGAUGAAAUCGAGGCAAGGAGAUAAUGUGGAAUUCGUUUUAUGGACCGGGGAUGCUUUGGCACAUUCAAUGAGGCGAAAUAUCGAAACUCAUCGGCUCGAUGUGUUACGGAAUAUAACGGAUUUGCUCAGUAGAACGUUUCCAUCGCAAUUCGUUUUUCCGGUGCUUGGUCAUGAAGAUGGACAAGGGAAUAAUUUUCGACGUUUAGGUGAACUAUGGCGACACUGGCUCCCGAAUGAGGCAUUGGAAACAUUUAAUAAGGGCGGAUACUAUACCAUCGAGCAGAGGAAGAGUCGAUUGCGAAUUAUCGCAUUAAAUACCAAUUUUAUGCGACAUGAUGUUAAAUAUACACAAUCACAUUCGUCACCCAUUCGACAACGGCCCAGUAUGAGCGAUUUGAAUGAGCACAACAAUUAUCGUUAUCACCAUGGAAAUCAUUAUCGAAGUAACGGCAUCAAUGGAUACAGUGCAAGCAAUAUUGAUGAGCAUGGUGGCACGGUGAGCGCAUUGUCGGGCGGUGAAAGCCAUGAAGCGCAAAAACAAUGGGAAUGGCUGGAAGCUGUACUGGAAAAAUCGAGUCGCAACAAGGAAACGGUGUACAUCGUUGGACAUAUACCGCCAGGUUCAGACGAACGACACAUGGGCGCUCAACCAAACGGUCACAUCACCGUUUUUUCGGAGAAAAACAAUUUACGCUAUCUUCAACUCGUACGCAAGCAUUCAUCAAUAAUUUUGGGACAAUUUUUCGGGCACUUGCAUUCAGACUCUUUUCGCAUCAUCUAUAAUGACAAUGGAAAACCAGUCUCAUGGAUUAUGAUUGCACCAUCUGUUACACCGAAAAAACAGUCGAUCGGCUCGAACAAUCCUGCCAUGCGGCUCUACAAAUUCGACACGGAUACAGGCCAAGUGCUUGACUAUACGCAGUACUUUUUGAAUCUAGCGGAGGCAAAUUCAAUGGGCGAAGCACUUUGGCAACCAGAAUACAACUUGACAACACACUAUUUUGGCUCGGGCGAAGUGACUGCUGUUGCUCUACAUAAUUUGGCUGAUCGAUUUUCCAAUACCGAGAACCCGUUUUUUAUGAAAUAUUAUCGCGCGAAUUCUGUACGCUAUUCAACUCCUUCAACCUCAAAAUGCGAAGGGGUGUGUGCAUUAAAUCAUUACUGCGCCAUAACGCGAGUUGAUUAUCACGAAUUUCGUCAUUGCCUCGAGUCGGCGGCCAGUGCACUGGCAUCGAACAGUGCACGUUCCAAUGUUUGCAUACCAAUCGCUGCAAAUAUUGCAUUAUUAUUAGCCACUUACACGAUAAUGAAAUGCCAACAACGAAAAUUGCUGUUCGAGUGGCUGCAGUUCCUAAUCGUCGAUUUGGUGAUAGGCGUGUUGUUAUUAGUGAAAUGUUCGCAAAAGCUCAUUGUCAUCAUGCUUGAUGCAUUAUUAUCGUCUCAGUGGCUCAAUAAUUGUGCCGAACUCCAUGUGAAGUCAUCAUCAUCAUCAUCAUCAUCAUCAAUGCAAAUGAUUAGCGACCAAAAUGUGUACUACAGCAGCGACAACAGCAGAGGCAGUGAAAGCAAUCCAUCAUUCAAUGAAAUCAAUGAUUUCAUUCGUUUUUCGCGUGCAUUUAUCGGCUAUGCAACGCAUCAAGUGUGUUGCAUUUGUGCAAGAAUAUCCAAAUGCAUGGAAAUUGUACAGAGUGACAACGACGGUGAUGAUAAAAAUACCAUGCAAAAAAUGCAACUGCCAAUGCCAUCAACUCACCAAUAUUCCUACCAAUUCUCCUCAAGCUCUAAGUGUAAGUCAUGCCAAACUAAAUUAUUCACAAACGUAGAUAGUCUUAAACAAAUACAUAAACCAAUGGACUCAGUCAGCGGUCUUGACACUUCGAUACCAUAUAAUGUGUAAAUCGUGUCGAGUCUCAAGUGUUGCAUCGCAUUCGAGAUGCCAGUAUGAAGAAGGAAUAAACACAAACAAACAUAUAAAAUAUAACUCAACUUAUACACAUACAUACUAAUAUACAUUAUAUGACAUUAUUCGAAAUGGAAUGCAGACGAGAAAUUCUUUGAAUUGGAUAUAGAUGAAAUGUAAGAGCACGAUACCUUACUCGGGCUGUUCAUUAAUUCAGUAAAAAUGUGCUGCUUGACGCUUCGGAUCCUCAAUUAGAUUGGAUCAAGAGAGAGGAACAAACCAGAAAAUGUGCGUUGUGGGAAAUUGCAUCAAGUUCGUCAACUUUUGUGUGUAAUUUUCGAAUAAUUCAAUCAAAAAUCGACCCAUGUAAAUCCCAUCGUGCAAUUUUCCAUGAAAACACAACCAAAACACACACACAAACAUUUUUCUUAAAAAGAAUUUUACCAAGAGGAUUUCUAGUCAAACUGUGUUUUAUUUAUUCGAAUAAGUGCAAUAGAAAAUAAUUUUUUUUUUACUAAGGUAAAACCAAAACCAAAAACAAAAACAAAAAAAACAGACGGACUGUAGAAAGAGAGUGGUUCGAAAAAAAAACGACGCCGACCACAACAACAGCAACAGCAGCAAAAAAGAAAGAAGAAAAACGUAUAAAAACUAUUAUGGCUAAGUAAAUAGGGAAUAUAAAAACGAAACGAGAAGUAAAAGCACACAUUCAUAUUUUAGCUGAUAUUUUUCGGGGUUAUAAGAAAAUUAGAGAAUGUGACUAAACACCGUGGUUAGAUGACAUUUAUAUUUUUCACCGUUUCUGACAUUUAUUGGUUUGAAAACCAAAGUUUUUAUCAGGCGUCUGCUACAUUUACCUAAUCGCCGGAGAUAUUAUCUGCAUUGGCCACAAAGAGAUGCUUAGACACAAACACAACACUCAUUUAUACGAAUUUAAAGCAAACCAAACCGAACGGACGCAAGAGAAAUGAAACGAGGACAAGAAUAAAAAAAAAAAACGAACCAUGAGAAACAAAUGUCUGAUGCAUUUAUUAUAAGGUGAAGCAGCUUAGGGAAAUGGAUAAGAGUCGAGCAAGAGAGGUGUGCGUAUAAUCAGGCAACGAUUUGUUUUGAAAUUGUAUUGAAAAGUUUUUCGUGAUUAGAUUUCGUUUGACCCGUUUAUAUAUAAAUAUGUUGUGGGUAUGUGUGUUUCUCGAAAAGUUACUCUCUCAGUGCCAGAUCUCGUCUGUGAAACGGCUACUGCCGAGAGAAAGAGAGAAUGGGCUAGAUCAUUGCACAACCAUUAAAUAUGCUUUAUAAAUAUUUAAUCCCUCUCCACAAGAAGAGGAAGAGAACUAAAAACGAAAUAAAAAAAUAAAUUAGAUACCAGUUUUAUCGAUUGAAAAGAAAAAAUUAACCAACAAAAGUAUUCAAAAUAAUCGAAUAGACACAUAUUAUACAUGUAUAUUUGCUGAUUGCAUUUUAAUGCGUGUGCCUCAGCUCAAAAACUAAAAAUGUGAGUGUGUGUGUGUGUAAAUGCUGGUUCAAUUGUUUUCGUUGCGUCAAUCAUUUUGGUAUUUAUUCGCAUUCGCAUCUCAUUUCGGUCAUGAUCACAAAUACCGCAGACAUGACACAAAUCCAUUUCUAUUAUGUAUCACCAACAUAAAAUUCAGUGUAUCCUCUAUCUGUAUAUGAAAACGAUAUAAAUAUAAAUGUUUUUUUUUUUCACACAAAUACUACUUCUGUGUUAGAGAAUAAGAUAACACAAGAGCAACCAUCAUAAUAGCAACAAAAAAAAGACUAACCGAAUAGAGCAAGCGAAAAAUAACAACACACACAUUGAAUGCUACACAUACACAGGAAAAUAGCAGCAGUUAAUGCGAAAUAGCUGAGGAUUUAUGCCAAGCAUAGAAACUCAACAAACUUAGAUUGGUACAUUUUGAUGUUGUGACUUUUGUCUCAAACCAAUUUUUCGGCUUCGUCCAAUUCAUUGCUGGAUUUCAUUCCUAAUCAGGACAAUAUUUGUCACAAAUUGAACAGAACUCACAAAUUUAUUUGGGACGAAAGUCACAAAUUUAAAACGUAUCUAAGAUUGGUGAGUUUCCAUAUGCUAGAUAUAUAUAUCCUCAACUAUUGUGCAAACACUGGAAAAAAAAAUAGAAGAGGAAUGAAAAAAAGGGAAUAAAAAUGAAUACAGUACUAAAUAGAAAACUAUGGCAGAAAAAAAAAAUAUUUUAUAUUUAUGUAUGUCUAAAACAAUAUGUGCUGUGCUAAUAAAAUAUUCUUCUAGAUACCAUGAAAUGUGAAUGACAGACGGGAGCGGAAGAGGGAGAGUAGCGAGAUAACUCCAACAUAGGAAAAAUGUUAUAAAAAGAACAGAAAAAAAAUGUGAUUUAUAAAUGAGAAAAAGAAUGGUGAAUACAGUACACAUACACAAUGUACAUAUAAAUUGCACAAAAAAAAUGCUGAAGAACAAAAAGCGAAUGAAACAUAGAGAAAAAUAAAUAAAAACAACCAAUCCAUAGACAAAAGACACACCACAUAAAAGCACGACCCCAUCUACAAUCCAUCAUAUACCGCAAAGAAAGGAAUAAAUAAAAAUAAAUUAUCAUUAUGUUAGUCCAUGCAGACAAAUCACAUUUGAAAGAAGGGAAAAAAAAACAUGCAGCAUUCCUUUUAAAGAAGAAGAAGAAAUGUGGAGGAAUAAGGAAAUAGGAAAGAAAUGUGAAACAGAAGAAUGCAGCCACUGACACACAACCAGAAUAGAUUGAAAUAAAGAGCAAGCUAAGACUAUGGACAACACACAAAUUACACACCAUAUAUACGGUAUAAAUAUUAUAUAGAAAAAAUAAAAGAAGAUUGAACAUCAAACAGAAAAUUACGGGGUAAAUAAAUGAUAUACAUGGGGACAAUUGUGUACAUAUAUAAAUUAUGCCAUUUUCGCAUUGAUUUUUAGUUAAAUUUAAUAAAACGUAAUUAACGGUCCAGUGUGUCUUUGGCUCAAUCAUUCAUGUGAUGCACUCAUUUAUGAAACGCACAUAUAUGCGAGCGAGUGAGCGAACGAACGAGUAAACGUACGCGUAACAUUCACUCCGGAUGUAGACGAUGAAGCGACAGUGGUUCGGACCGAGCCAACCAAAUGAAAUUAGCAAAUUGCCUGGAAAUGUCAAACUAUUCAAAGAAAAGUUUUCAUUAAGUCAAGUUAAUUCAGUGAAUUAAGCGGUAUUCGCAUAUCUCGGCAUCGGCCAUAUCUCGAAGUUUAGACGAGAGACUAUUACAUUGUGUUCGAUGUGUGUGUAUGUGUUGAUUUCCAUGGCAGCCGACUCCUGCUUUCGAAAAGCUGAGGAAAAACUUGAAAGUUGGAUAAAUUGCGAAUUAAUGAAGUCACUCAGGAAAGUUGAACUAUUAAAAGCAAUCAAUGACACUGCACCAACCAACUAACCAACCAUGGACUGAUCUGACAACGACGACAACGACUUUGUCUCAAUCCAUUUGUAUCUAGAUUCUUCUUUAAUUGGCAUGUGUAUUUCAAUGGCAUAGCAACGUAUUGCAAGUUGCACAUAUAUUCCAAUAUGUGGCCAGGGAUCAAGUCAUUUCACAGACCAAAAGGCCAUUUAAAAGCAGCCGGUUCAGUAACAUAUUCAUUUGCAAUGAAGUGUCGGGUCAAAUGAUUGCCGAAAAUAUGUUGUAUGCACAAACAUUCAUACAAUAUCUGUUGCAAAAUUUAAUCUCAGUCAUUUUUGAAACAGAAAACACAACCCAAAAUCACUUGGCUAAUAUUCGUAUGUCAUCCAUUAAAUGGAAGAAUGAACAAAUGAACAAAUAAACAAAAACAAAAAAACGGUUUCCGCAAAUUAAAUACGCAACAAGUGCACAGAUAACCAACGAUAUAAAAGAUCGACCGUUUUACUCAUGUGUAAAAGUUUUUUUUGCUCUCCAAUGAAACUUCUGUGUAAGGUAAUUGAGAGAGAUGAGAGAGACUCCUUCGUUUGCGACAAUUGUCUUGAACUAUUUCAUUUUUGUUAUUUGGUUUGUGCCGAUCCCCUUUGAAUAACGGCGGCAUUGUUGCAACGCUACUUUCCGAAAAGAGAAAAAAAAAAAACAGAACAAGUGAUGAAUUAAAAUUCCUGCAUUUAGAGUGAGCGUGCUACUACCGUUCAUUCAGGACAAAAAUUCGUUGUCAAUGGCAUGAGUUCAGAGCAUUCUGUAAAUAAACGCUGAAUUAUAUAAACUUACAAUGAACUAUGAAUAGGCUUGGAAUUGUAGAUUUGGAGAAUGAGACGCUUUAAAUUUUCCAUGCACCGUGCUGAAGGACCAAAUACUUACCGGCAGGCCGCCUCUCGGCAUGACAUCGUUCAUUGCAUUAAGACUCUUUUCUCUCUGCGAUAACCAAACCAAAAGAAAAAAAACAAUGGAGAAUAAGAAACACGAAAGAAAAUACCUACGUAGGAUUAAAGUUAGACAGAGCUACAGAGCUUCAGUUGCAGCAUAUUUUGUAAAGAAACUUAAUCCAAAUUGGUGCUGAAAACCAUCUUCUACCAAUCUAUUAUAUAACCAGAUAGAACAGAUUUAAAAAAAAAAUACACAGUAAUAGAAUUUGUAUGUUUAAAUAAAGAAAAUGUCAAAAAAAAAAUUAUAUUCGAUGAUCACACAUUUAUAAAUGAGCUGUCAGCUUAUCUUUUCAAACGUAAAACGAAAGAGAGAAACUGACUAUGACUUGCUAUAUAUAAGAACAGUUUUAAUUUAACAAGAAACUAGAUUUGGUUCGAUUAUUACUUGAAUGUAAUAAAAAAAAUCGUGGUAUUUCGGAUAAGAAAAUUGUACUAACAAAGAAAGACAUUUGGCAAUUGUCGGAAUUUUCUCCGACGAUCCACUAUGAUUACUCAAUCGAAUCGUUGUUCCGUAUCUUUUUAAACUGGCGUAGUAAUAGAAACAAAAAAAAAAUCAAAUUCAUUUUUAUUUUCGUUUUCAUUCGCGAUUGGAUAUUUCUACCGCCGAAAAAAAAAAAACAAUUUACUACGGUACGUUUCACGUAUUUUUAGCCGAUUUUAAAAUUGGCAAUAAAUGAUGUAAUUAAAGUAAUCCAUUUAUAUUAUGAACUAAACGUUAUGAAAACAACCAACAACAAAUAGCUAAAAAGAAAUUAUUAUAAUAAAAAUAUGAUAAAAGCAAGAAAAAAAAAAUAAACGUAACAUUAAGGAUGAGCAGUCGAGCAGUUGGACGAGAACAAAAAAUAAAUGCAUUGCGAACUAGUUGAGAGCCAGAACAUUCAAUGUGUUGUGUCAACCAAAGUUCCCUUGGACUCUAACCAAAAAAAAAAAAAAUACAUAUAUAUAUAUUCGAAUUAAAACAAUGGAACAACUCUUAUAAGAUUAUUUCCAUACAUCCAGAAAAAAAAUG